UCUGCUGGGACCAAGAAACAUCUUCAUCCGCCCCUGCUGCCUCCCCCUCCUCCUCUUCAAUCUCCUCUUCCUCCUCUUCAUUCUCCUCUUCAUUCUCCUCUUCCUCCUCCUCCUCCUCCUCUUCUUCCUCUCCUCAAUCUCUGGAUCACGGAAAAACACCAACAUGCAGCGACUGUUCCUGUUCUGCUUUCAGCCGCUCGUCUCUGGUGCAGCAUCAUAACUAUGGUUUAUGCCGAGUCAUCCCGUGGUGUGAACCCCUCCCUUCACUCUCCGUCUUUUCCGUAUCAGAUGUCAUUUAACUUUUCCGAGAGGGAGAACUCCACUGUCCUGGCCACUUUACCCACAAUCCCCCUGUGCAGCCUGGAGGACUCGUCCUCCGGCCGGAGCAACGGCUCGUCCACCUCCUACGAACUGACCUCGGUGGAGGUUGCCGUCCUGGGCCUGGUGUUUGCGUUCCUCUGGCUGAUCUCCAUCCUGGGAAACGCCCUGGUCUGCCUGGUCAUCCACCGGAGCCGCCGGACUCAGUCCACCACCAACUACUUCGUGGUGUCGAUGGCGGUCGCCGACCUGCUCAUGAGCCUGGGCUGCGCCCCCUUCGUGCUGCUGCAGGUCGCCGCCGGGCGAUGGCCGCUGAGCGCUGCUGCCUGCAAGGUGGUGCGCUACGUGCAGCACCUGUGUCCUGGUGUCCAGGUGUUCGUGCUGCUGUCCAUCUCCGUGGACCGGUUCUACACCAUCCUCUACCCCCUCAGCUUCAAGGUGUCCAGGGAGAAAGCCAAGAAGAUGAUCCUGGCCUCGUGGCUGUUUGACGCCGCCUUCAUCUCGCCAUGCUUCGUCUUCUACGGCUCCACCUCCACAGACAGUCACUGUGAGUUCUUCCUCCCGGACCACUGGGGCAGUGUGGCCUACGCAGUGGUCCACCUGCUGCUCGGCCUCCUGGUCCCGGUCGCACUGAUCGUGUCCUUCUAUCAGCGGGUGAUCCGCUACAUCUGGAGAAUCAGCGCCGACGGUCACACGGUGCGCCGCACGAUGAACAUCGUCCCACGGACUAAAGUCAAGACCAUCAAGAUGUUCCUCAUGCUGAAUUCCGUCUUCUUCCUCACCUGGACGCCCUUCUACGUGGCCCAGCUGUGGCACCCCAGGGGGUCGGAGGCCGCCAGCAGACAGGGGCUGCUGUUCUUCGCCGCCAUCGCCUGGAUUUCCUUCAGCUCCACGGCCUCCAAGCCGACCCUGUACUCGGUCUACAACGCGAACUUUAGAAGAGGCAUGCGGGAGACCUUCUGCACGUCGUCCAUGAAGUGCUAUCGCAGUAACGCGUACACCAUCACGGCGAGCUCUCGCAUGGCCAAAAAGAACUACGUGGGGGUGGUGGACCUCCCAGAGCAGCCGAAGACCAGGGACUCGGUCUGCGACACAUUUGGCCGAGAAGCGAAGGAGAAGAAAGUCGCGUGGCUCACAAACGCCAACCCACCAAACACUUUUGUGUAAAUGGCGGGUGAGCUAACAGGAGGCUAACACGCUAGCUCUUUAUUCAGCGACACAAAACGUGCUCAGCUGGUACAAAGGGCUUUUCUCCCGGCAGCCAUAUUGGAAGUUCUCAAUCCUUUUCUACGUCAGAUUUAAACUGAGUUGAUUUCUGUGCAGUGUUCCCGCGGGUCCUUCUGUUACUGAUGCAUUGUGUGUUUUAGUGUUAGCUUGUGAGCUAGCUCCCCACAGUCCGUGGCCAUUUCUCUGUGAAACGAUGUAGCUGGUUUUCUGCAGUGUGGUCCGAGCUAACGCUAGUAACUGUUUGGUAACAAUGACAUCUCUGCUUUGCUGCAUAACUGUAAUGUAACGAGUUUCAGAUAUUAAACUGUUCAGAUUCAAUCCUUCUCACAAAAGAUGAACUUUAUGUUUAAAAUAUCUGGUUCUCUCAGAAAGUAAAACCACAAAUUAAAGUGAAAUGAUCUUAAACACAGACUUAAAUCAAGAUGACGACUCCUUCAGCUUCCAGAAACGGAGCCAAAGUAUCUCCCACACAAACGCUGCCAUCUUGUGGUAAAGAUGUGGUGUGGAGGCCCCACCCAUACACGUGCUUGACCAAUAAAGAGUCAGUCUCAGCUGUCAAUCAUGAACUCUCAGCCGGUUUAAAAAAAAUUGUUUUGGUCCUCGUCCAAUCUGCUAAGAUGGAGGAGGCGGGGUUUAUUAUCUGUACUGCAGCCAGCCACCAGGGGGCGAGCCAUGUAAUCGCUUCAUUUGUUUGUCUUUAUUUAUUAACUUUUAAUUCACAUGCUGUUCAGAAAUCUGUUUUGCUCUAAAAUGACAAAUGUUGGACGUGAGCUUUUUUCCUGCUGAAGCAGAAUCACGUAGAAAUGAAUGAAUUUGUUUUUAUUACAAUUAUAAAAGGAGGCUUCAGUCCGUAAUGUAUUUCAGCUGCUGAUGACACGUUGAUUGUUUUACGUAAUAAACAGAAUAUUGUGA